CUUCGAGUACAUACCUACUUAACGCUAGGAUUGUGUAAUACGAUACGAUAACACCAGUCCCGUCCCGAUUACCUAGCAAACACGACAUAUCCUCGGUUCCCCGGAGCUUGAUUCCUCCCCUCCAUUGUGCCACCGAACGAACGAUUACGUCGAUAAUCUCGAGACAUUAUUUCCGACUCGCCGCUCUGCCGAAUUAUAUGGGUUGCUCGUCCUAAAUAUCCGCCUCUUCCGCAUCCACAACCCAUAUCCGUAACACCCAUAUUCUACCGACGCGAUAUCACCACCAAUAUGCCUUCCUCUCAGCGCCCUUUCUUCCUUUCUUCCUUCUUAGCCGCCUUCCGCCAGCAGACACCACCCGCGUUGUCAGCAACCUCUCAACCCAAUAAGCACACAUCGCAAUCCACCUCGAAUCCUUCGGCUUCCGGGGCCCGGUCCAUCUCAUCUACCUCACAGAGCCAAUCGUCAACAUCACAACAAUCCCAACAGCGCACCGGUGGGGUCAUGAACCAACUACCCUUACAAUCACCGCCACAUAGACAUCAUCCGUCUCCACAGCCACAUCGCCCGGGUAUGCCAAUACCUGGUUCUGGACGUCGGCGCGGCAGCGAUAGCAGCAGUGAAGGUUUCCGCGAUGUAUUAGGCGCAGAUAAAUGGUAUAUCGGUGGUCGGACAGCCGGCGGCGAUGAGCGCUUCUUUAAACUAGGCGUCGUGAAAAGGGUACGGAGCCAGGAUCGUCUUAGCUUGGAUCGACUAAGCCUAUAACCGCCUCGACGAAAUUAUUAAUUUUAUUGACAUAGCAAGGAUGAAUGACGAUCUCACAACUUACUGAACAUAGCCAUGGCGACUG